AUGUUUCAACUCGAUAUUCUUAUUGAUAUUUCGAUAUUACCAUCAAAUAUAAUGACAUUGCGUGAUGAUGAUUUUAUUGAUUUUGUCAAGGAAGAAGCCGGUCAUUCAGCUGCUACUCUACUUGAAAUACAAGGUAUUAAUUGUGUAAAAUCAUUGCUGAUGGCAAAUAGUGUUUAUGCUAUUAUGGACGUUAAAAGUAAAAGUCUAGAUGGUUUGAAGAUUAAAUAUGGUUAUAUGCAAGAUGAUGGUACAGUUGUUAUACAACCUGGAGUAAAAGGAAAUAUCGAACAUCUUACUGAUUUGCUAAAAACGAAAUUUGAAGGUGAACAUUAUUUUAUUUUACUACAAAAUGAUUCAAAUGGUGCAUUAAAAUGCGAUAUAAGAUGCUAUUGUCAAAAAUGGUCAUCAUUAUCAUUAAGACGUGGAAAAUUUCAAUUGUCGAAUUUCUAUCGUCAUCUUCAAGGUUUAAAUAAUAUAUGUCCUGCAUUGAAAAAAAUGAUAAGCAAUCCUCAAUCAGCAUUACCAUCGCCAACAAAUAAUCCACCACCAUUGAUAACAUCACAUAAUGUGCCUCAACAAGUCGCAUCACCAAAUCAGAUACCAUUCAAUCAAAUUCAUCUUUAUCCACAGCAUCUUCUACUUCAAUAUCAACAGAUAAUGAUGAAAGCCUUAUGCAACAAUCAUCAUCAGUAA